AUGAACGACACUACCCAGCAGUUCUACUACGGCAAGAUCAAGGACAAGGAUUCUGUCGAGAACGAUGUUGAUAACUUCUGGCUUAAUCUUUUGCCUGAUUACUUUCAGAAGAAGCUGAAGUACGGCAUCGAGCAGGAAGCGCGUCCGCUACCAGAGGUCACCAAGCAGCGUGCCGACUGGACCAUCCGUUACAUCAAGAAUGGUGAUCCGAAGAAGGUGAUCCUCAUAGAGGGCAAUCGUAAAGGCAUGGAGAGUCAGCCCGCCCAGUACAUGAAAUUAGUACGCACUGAACGCAAUCAAGAUCCCAAACGAACUCUCUACGGCGCCGUCAACAUAGGAACCUACACCCGAUUCUACCAACUGGAUCCCUACGAGCAAGAAUGCAUCGACUAUCCUGGCACGAACGGGAAAUGCUAUGAGCUCGCAGGUAAUGAGGCGGAGAUUCAUGCGAUUCUGCUGAAUUUGGUUCAGAAGACCUCACACGGGGAAAAUACUAAUGGGGCAAAGAUUUACUGGAAGAAUGGAAAGCACUGGUAUAUUGAUUCGGCCAACCAAUGGGUUGAGUAUACCGGUGCAUAA